CUUCAACAAGUUUACAGAAUUCUCAGUUUCCCAUUUUCUUUCCUCUCUGUUAUCAUCUUCUUCUUCAAUCAACAAUCCCUAAUCAAUGUGAUUGCUGCCAAUUCCCUAUUUCCAUACCGUUUACCGGAUUCUACUCAGUUUGAUCGAGUCAAUAUAGUUGCGUAGGUUUUUUGGGUUUGGACGAGGAAUGAUAUCCACAUAAGAAUUAUUGGUGAUCUUUGUCGAAAAUUGUUUCCAUGGCAGACAGGAGCUCCUUCUUAUUGGGGUUUUGUUGUCGGAAUUCCUUGUUUUAUUGGCUUACUGUCACGAGUAUCCUCUUUCUGUUAUCUUCUGUCUUUAUGUUGCGGACAUCAAGAUGGCCGCAUCAUAUUUUUCGAAAUUCAAAUGCCAACAUCAUAUAUGAUAAUCUAAAUGCUGGUAGAAGAUCACCAUCAUCUUGUGAAAGGGUUGUAACAGGACAAAGUGUGAGCAAAUCAGUUCUGAAGGUUUUUAUGUAUGAUUUACCGGCUGAAUUUCAUUUUGGACUUUUAGAAUGGAAACCCGAAGGAUCAAAUGUUUGGCCAGAUAUUCGAACGAAAGUCCCUUCUUAUCCUGGUGGAUUGAAUUUACAACACAGUAUAGAAUAUUGGCUUACGCUUGAUCUUCUCUUUUCGGAAUAUUCAGGGUCUUCGAGCUCUCGUAUUGCACUGAGAGUUCGAAAUUCUAGCGAGGCAGAUGUUAUAUUUGUCCCUUUCUUCUCAUCCUUAUCGUACAAUCGUAUUUCAAGAUCAAAAAAGCAGGAAAAGAGCAUUUAUGACAAGAAUACACAGGACAAGUUGGUUGAAUAUGUAGUAGCUCAAAAGGAGUGGAAAAGAUCGGGUGGUAUUGAUCACAUUGUUAUGGCUCAUCAUCCGAAUAGUCUAUUAUUUGCAAGGAACCAACUUUGGCCUGCAAUGUUCAUACUUUCAGAUUUUGGGAGGUAUUCUCCAAAUGUAGCAAAUGUUCAGAAAGAUAUCAUUGCUCCUUACCGGCAUAUUGUAAAGUCGUUCGUGAAUGAUACAUCAACGUAUGAUAGUCGUCGUAUCCUACUGUAUUUUCAAGGUGCCAUUUACAGAAAAGAUGGCGGAAUCAUAAGGCAAGAGUUGUUUUAUCUUUUAAAAGACGAAAAAGAUGUGCAUUUCACAUUCGGUAGUAUCAAUCGAGGUGGUGUCGCAAAUGCUACUCUAGGAAUGCAGGCCUCAAAAUUCUGCCUCAACAUAGCAGGCGACACACCAUCUUCAAACCGCUUAUUCGAUACAAUUGCCAGCCAUUGUGUCCCUGUUAUCGUCAGCGAUGAAAUCGAGCUUCCUUACGAAGACAUGUUAGAUUACUCUGAAUUCUGCAUUUUCGUGCGCACUUCUGAUGCUGUCAAAGAUAAGUUUCUUAUAAAUCUCAUCAGGGGUAUAAGCAAAGAAAAAUGGACUCGAAUGUGGUUAAGACUGCAAGAGGUCGAGAAGUACUUCGAGUAUAGGUAUCCAUCUGGGGAUAACGAUGCAGUACAAAUGAUAUGGAAGAGUGUAGCUAACAAACUACCGGCAGUAAACCUGAAGUUGAAUCGACAUAGGCGGUAUGCUCAUUCCUCAAACGCCAGUGUGAAUAGAGAACCUCCAAAGUUUGUAGUACCCCAUAAUUUUUGGUAAUAUUUGAUGCCAAUUUUUAAGGUCUAUUAACAUUGUUAGAGUAUAUAACAUGUCAAAGAACGAACUGAACAGGAUUUUUUUGGGACUGAACAGGAACUGAACCGAACAGGCUCCAAGAUAUGUUAUAUACUCUAACAUGCUCUGCUUAACAUAGGUAAGAAAUGAGAAUAUUUGUACUCAAAAGUUUUGGGACAUUUUGUGAUGAAUUGAACAGGAUUUUUUUGGCUAAAGGGAAUCAAGAUUCAUUGUUCCCUUUCAGUUUUAGUGAUUUGUAGUGAAUUAAUCCUCUUCUCUGAAAAAUGUGUACAGACAAUCAGUUCUUGUUCUGUGGCAUUGCCAUUUUUGGAAUGUGUUGCAAUUGAAAACACCUAUAAAUAGAAAUCAUUGCAUUUAAUAAGGACCGGAGAAAGUAUAUUUUUUAAUUGGCAACCUUAAUAUUUUGUAUGUUUUCUCUGUAUGUUUCAUUCAUUAGUCUUUUCCAUUAAGCCAGCUCAAAUUCAAAAUUUUGUAUGUUUUCAUAGUGAUUUUCACAUUUCAAUUACUCAAAUGCUCAUACUUCAAUGUCCAUAAGCAGCUCCCAUCUAAGCGGGGUUUAGGAUGAUCACAUAUACGUAAUUUUACCCUUGUUAGUGAAAAUAAAAGAUUGUUUUCGAUUGAUCCUUGAUAGUAAAAAUUAUUAGCAGCUUCAUAUAUCUAUUUACACUGAGUGCAAAAGGAAAAAAAAAAGAAAUGGUUUAACUGCUUAGUUAAAAUGAUUAUCAGCUAAAGAUGA